CAUGGCAGACCUGCGGAGGGAGGUGGAGAAGCUUCAGGUCCCCGGAGCAUGCGGCUAUAAUCUAGACGUGGAGGUGUGCCUUCUACCACCGUGCCCGUUCUCAGCAGCAAAGACCCGGCUCUUGGCUCAGCCUGGGGUUUGCUUCAGCUUUUUCAAACGAUAAAUCUUAAAUAAUUGCAGUGCUCAUGAUUUCUAGCUGUUCAGAUAAUAAAACCCUGUAAAACUCUGGCCUUCUUGUUUUUACUGAAGAAGCUCCAGAUGCUCCUGUGCUUCUUCAAGAGCCUCCUGGCCCCCUCCUGCUUGGCUCACCCAGUGACCUGCAGAGAGGAAGAAGGUUCCUGCAGCCAGCAGGAACACUUGGUUUGUUGCCGGAGUGCAGAAACAAUGCUGUGGAAAGGAGCUGCCUAACCUCUCACAAUGCCCCUUUCUGACUUUGUCUUAGCACUGAAGGACAACCCAUAUUUCGGGGCUGGGUUUGGCCUCGUCGGGGUGGGCACAGUCCUGGCAGCAGCCCGUAAGGGGGCCCAGUUUGGGCUGGUGGCUUUCAGGCGCCACUAUAUGAUCACCUUGGAGGUGCCCAGCAAGGAUAAGAGCUACCAAUGGCUGCUGAACUGGGUCUCCCACCAUGCCAAGCAUACGCAGCACCUCAGUGUUGAGACAUCAUACCUGCAGCAUGAAAGUGGGCGUGUCAGCACCAAGUUCGACUUUGUCCCCAGCCUCGGGAAUCAUUUCAUCUGGUACCGCAGGAAGUGGAUUCGCAUCGAGCGCAGCCGGGAGACGCAGAUGCUUGACCUGAACACAGGGACCCCCUGGGAGUCUGUCACCUUCACUGCACUGGGCACUGACCGGGAGAUCUUCUUCAAUAUCCUUCAGGAAGCCCGGGAGCUGGCGCUGCAGCAGCAGGAGGGGAGGACGAUCAUGUACACGGCUGUGGGAGCAGAGUGGCGUCAGUUCGGCUUCCCCCGCCGCCGGCGGCCCCUCAGCUCCGUGGUGCUGGAGGAAGGUGUUUCAGAGAGGCUGGUUCAGGACGUGAAGGAGUUCAUCAACAACCCCAAGUGGUACAGUGAAAGAGGCAUCCCCUACCGAAGAGGCUACCUGCUUUAUGGUCCUCCUGGAUGUGGGAAAAGCAGCUUCAUCACAGCCCUGGCUGGGGAACUGGAGUACAGUAUCUGCCUGCUGAGCCUCAGUGACCACAGCCUCUCUGAUGACCGGCUCAAUCACCUCCUGAGUGUAGCACCGCAGCAGAGCAUCAUCCUGCUGGAGGAUGUGGAUGCUGCCUUCGUCAGCCGGGACCUUGCUGCUGAGAACCCGGCUGUGUACCAAGGCAUGGGGCGCCUGACCUUCAGUGGUCUCCUCAAUGCGCUGGAUGGUGUGGCCUCCACAGAAGCCAGGAUUGUCUUCAUGACCACCAACUAUGUGGACAGGCUGGACCCAGCUCUGGUGCGUCCUGGCCGUGUGGAUCUGAAGCAGUACGUGGGCCAUUGCUCCCGCUGGCAGCUCGCCUGCAUGUUCCAGCGCUUCUACCCCGAGCAGCCCCCGGCUGCAGCCCAGCGCUUCGCGGAGCAGGCACUGGCAGUCUCCAAACAGAUCAGCGCUGCCCAGGUGCAAGGCCACUUCAUGCUUUACAAGACGGACCCUGAAGGAGCCACUUCAAACAUAAGCUCCAGCCUACUGUGACAGGGGCCAGCUUUCCCUUGUGACACUGAGAGGACUGGGACAAAGAUUUGACCAUCCUGGGGAUGCCAUGAAGCUGCCCACCUGUAGACCUAUACCUCUCCUAUGCCUUGGUUUUGGAGAGUCAGAGCUGCCAGCCUCACAGCAAGGGAGGGAAUCCGGCUCUUGCUGCUCCCCAGACUUGGGUGCUACUGCACCAGCCCUGCUCACCAGUGUGUGCCUCAUGUUGGGAUUGCUGUAAACUACCAAGGCUCCUGGUGUGAAUCCCCUUCCUUAUGGGUCAGCCUGGAGGUGUUCCAGAAGGGAAUUUCCUUUGGGCAGGACAUUGGGGUUCUACACUGCUAAAAGCAUCUGGUCUUUUUAAAGGCCGGUGGUCUCACUGGUUUAUGAAUAUCCUCUGUGAAGUGCACAACACAA